AUGUCUACACUCACCGAAAAACUCCGGAUUUCGUCCAUUCUCAAACCACAAUCACCGGCGAACGGAAAUGGCACUCCGUCCCGAAACAAGGUCCGGUUUGCUGAGUUGUCAAUCGAAUCGGCAUUGCAGGAAGUGUUGGAUCAUAACCGGUUAACGGGGUACGAAGAAAUUUUAGAGAAACUGCGUGAAGAAGAUCCAGCGGAUGAUAAAUUUAAGGACAUGUAUCUAGAAGCUAAGCAAGCCGUUCCUUUGAUGAAACCAUACUUCGGGAAGUUGGUAGAGCAUUUGCUAUCCUCACGCUGGUUAAACCGCUCCGAAGAGGCUCAAGAGGCGUAUAAAGAGUUCGUGCUGGAACUAUCGAUCGUGCAGAAGAACUAUUGCACAAUGACAAUAUCAAAGCUGGUCAAACUGUUCAUCUCGGAGAAGACGUUGGCGUCGUCGCCGGGUAGUGCGGAAGAAGAGGAACAAGAACGGCAAAUGGGAACUCUGCAUGAUCUGAUAAUGAGACUGAAAAAUGUGAUACCGAUGAUCUUCGACGUGGUACUAACGCAGCUGCGCAAGAGCUUCCCGUACUACAAGCGUCCGACCUGUGAGGUGAUUGGCUAUCUGCACAAUUUGCUGCGGAUGACGGAAUACGCGUCGAUCUACUGUGAUGAGUUACUGGACAUUGUGUUCUACCGUCUGCUGCAGCUGGACGUGAGUGUGCCGCGUAGCGUUAUCGAAGAAUCGGAAUAUCCGGACGAUGAAAUGAUGUUUGAGAUGACCGAAACCGAGGGCGAUGAUAAGGACACCAUGAAGCAUCCGGUCGCUGAUACGCUGGAUCAGUUUAUGGAAGUUGUGCUCGCCUACAUCGAGCAGACGGUGAAGGUGGAUGGUCAGGGUGAUCGAUUGUUUAAGAUCAUUCUCAACCAGUUCGAGACUCACAUUCUGCCCGCUCACAAUACGGAUCAUGGCCAAUUCAUCAUGUUUUACAUAUGCAGCUUUAAACUCUCGUACACAGAACAUUUCAUCAGUUCGCUUUGGAAGAAUGUGAACAACUUGAACAAAUCCCCGGCCGUACGGCAGACAUCGGUCGGGUACAUAGCAAGCAUGCUGGCCAGAGCGAAAUUUGUCCCUUUAAACUACCUUAAGUCGAUGCUGCUGGAAAUGUCGCACUGGGUGCAGAACUAUAUACAACGGUGCGAUUCAAUGCACUAUAAUCAAUCGUUGAAGGCACAUCUUGUAUUUUACUCCGUAUGCCAGGCUAUUUUCUACGUGGUAGCGUUCCGGGCUAACCAUCUUACCUCAAGCUCGAAGAAUCUUUCUUUCCUGCAAUCACUUCACCUUUCGGCAAUCGUCACCUGCCAGCUGAAUCCAUUACGCGUCUGUUUGCCCACGGUGGCGACCGCAUUCGCCGGCAUAACUCGUGCCUAUCAGCUGGCGUACUGUCACACCAUACUGGAACGGAACGCACGUCGCAAACUGGCCACCGUGUACAAGAACAAUACGCAACUGCCGGAAGACUGCCUCGACACGUUCUUCCCGUUCGAUCCGUACAUGCUGAAAAAGUCUGGCAAACGAAUCGAACCGUUCUACCUGCAGUAUCAAGCGCACGAAAUAGACGAGGAGGAUGGUGGCGAGACGAGCAUCAGCAAUGGGAAGGGUCGCAAACGGUAUGACUCGGUGUCGGAGGAUAUAGACGAUUUCAUACCGGAAAGCAAGCGUCACAAGCAUGUCCACGGACACGGUGUGGACGUAGGCGUAGAGUUCACAUACUCGUACGGAACUUCACCGGGAUUUCAUAGUUGA